AACACACGGAGGGAGAUAACGGUUUUAGGAGAGUUUAGGAAGAGCGAAUACACAUUUUAUGCUGCACCGGGAAGAGACAGGGACACUGGUUAUAACGUGGAGCUGUUCGCUAUGCCAGGUCUCGGAAGGCUAUUAGGAGACGACAUGUCGCCGCUGUAGGUGAUAUUAAAAAUUAACACAGGUAUUUAUUGUUUUAUUCUAACGAAAAGGCUUGGUUUUACAUGCUGUCCGUCUAAAUUGGAUAUCUAAGGGGGGCGGGAGAGCGAGCAACAAGUGGAGUUUAGCGUGGAGAGGCCGAAAAUUUCUCACGUCACCAGAUAUGGAAGAGCAAAAGGAGCCCAACAGCGGCCGGGACUCGACCGAGGAGGAGAGCAUGUCCCUGUCGCCAAACCUCCCAUCCCCUCCUAUUAUUUUACCCCACCAGGCCGCCCAGCAAGCCCACAGAACCACGAACUUUUUCAUAGACAACAUCCUCCGGCCGGACUUCGGCUGCAGAAAGGAGCCGAGCUACCGCGACCGGAGCCAGACGCCGGGCAGAGAAAACGUCAACCCGCUGGGAGCGAGGCCGCACGCCGGCAGCCUCUGCCUGGACUCCAACUGCAGCAGCGACAGCACCUCGUCGUCGCCCUCCUCCUCGUCGUCCACGUCCUCGUCGCCUUCGUCCAAGCAGAACUCGUCGAAACAGGGCGAACCGGCGAGCAACGGGACUGGCAGAUACGCCGCAGACAUGAGUGGCAGCAAUGGAGGAUCUCUGCCCAUAACGAAAGAAAGCCAGGCGAUGUUGUGGCCCGCUUGGGUUUACUGUACACGAUACUCGGACCGGCCCUCAUCUGGCCCAAGGACACGGAAACUGAAAAAGAAGAAGAGCACAAAGGAGGACAAGCGGCCCAGGACAGCGUUCACGGCCGAGCAGCUGCAGAGACUGAAAAACGAGUUCCAGGCCAACCGGUACAUAACGGAGCAGCGGAGACAGUCUCUGGCCCAGGAACUCAACCUGAACGAGUCCCAAAUUAAAAUCUGGUUCCAGAAUAAGAGGGCCAAGAUCAAAAAGGCCAGCGGCUACAAGAACGGCCUGGCCCUGCAGCUCAUGGCUCAAGGACUGUACAACCAUUCAACGACCACUGUGCAGGAGGACAAGGAGGACAGUGAAUGAGCGGCCCGGACAUGUCCCCGCCGGGGGCCGCUACCUGACGCUUUGGGCUUUUGGAGAUAAUGAAAAAAAUGAACUGGAAGUGGGGGAAACGCUAUUUAAAAACACAGACUUCUGUUUAUGGUAACAGUAUAUGGACAUAAUUAUAUAAAUGAACGAUCGUUAUUAAAGUUUAUAUAGCCAAACAGUUAUCAUGUUGUAUACAGUAUAUUUAAUUUCAGGCUCAUCUCUCGUCCGGAUCCUUUCUGUCUGUUCUCUUUGUUUUUAGGAUGUCUAAUCGGCUCUAUAGGUUUUUGUGGUCCCCCUGUCCCCCAUAUUUGCGCCACAUUUUCCCUCAACACAUCAGUCCGCAGACUCAAACAAGCCAAAGAUUUUAAUAUGUUCACAUGUAGUCUGAAAUAAAGAAAGAACGGUA